AUGGUACCAUUUGAUUACUCUGUUAAAUAUUUAUCAACGGGAACCAAUUUUGUUGCUUUGCAGUAUGAAUUUUUAUUAGGUCGGAGCACAAUUGGUACAAUUAUUCGGGAAACAUGUAGUGUAUUAUGGACUAUCUUACAACCAAAAGAAAUGCCAGAUCCAAACAAUCCCGAUAAAUGGUUGGAAAUUGCGAACCAAUUUUACAUAAAAACUAAUUUCCCCAACUGUAUUGGAGCAGUUGAUGGGAAACAUAUAAGAUGUAUCAAUCCAAAAAAUGAGGGAACUAUGUUUUUCAAUAAUUACAAGAAGUAUUUCUCGAUUAGAGAGAGUGAUUCUACUGUUUUUAAAGAUUGUCCUUUCGGAAAAAAACUUUAUUCUGAAGAACUUAAUCUGCCAGCACCAACUUGUUUACCCAAUACCACGGAUUCCCCACAGCUCUUUGUUAUAGUUGCUGAUGAAGCGUUUGGCCUCCAUAAAAAUUUACCGAGACCGUAUCCGGGACGUGGACUCACAGAUAAGUGGAGGAUAUUUAAUUAUAGAUUGUCGAGAGCCAGACGAAUUGUGAAAUGUACGUUUGGUAUUCUCGCUAAUAAAUGGAGAGUACUGCACACUCCAACACUAGUUGAGCCUGAUUUUACGGAUAUUAUUGUGAAAACUUGUUGUAUUCUUCAUAAUUAUGUGCACAGAAGAGACGGAUAUAUUUUUGAAUAUACACUUAGUAAUCUUUUAGAGGGUAUUCAAAACUACGGAAAUGCAGGAGCUCACCAUCAAGGAAUUGAUGUUCGCGAUUACUUUGCUGAAUAUUUUUUAAACGCUGGAUCAGUUACUUUUCAACCCCGUAUCAUUUGA